AUGUCGAUUGUUUCACUCUUGGGAAUUAACGUCCUGAACAACCCUGCAAAGUUUGAUGAUCCUUACGAGUUUGAGAUAACUUUUGAGUGUCUUGAACCUCUGAAAGAAGAUUUGGAGUGGAAGCUCACAUAUGUUGGUUCAUCGGCCUCCUCACAACACGAUCAACUUCUCGACUCCUUAUUAGUAGGACCCGUACCAGUGGGCACCAACAAAUUCAUCUUCCAAGCCGAUCCACCGUCUCCCGAUCUCAUUCCUGCAGCUGAGCUGGUGAGCGUGACGGUCAUCCUCCUUACUUGCUCCUAUAAGGACCAGGAGUUUGUCCGGGUAGGAUACUACGUGAACAACGAAUACGACACCGAAGAGCUGCGAGAAAAUCCGCCGAGCAAAGUGCAGAUAGAUCACGUUGUACGAAACAUCUUAGCUGAGAAGCCGCGAGUUACACGAUUCAAUAUCGAGUGGUGA